CAAGGGGGCAUGCACAGUGCGCUAGCUCUCGUCGUUCAUCGGCAAGGCUAUUGCCAUGACUGCAGCUGUCUUUCCAGCACGCCUCAAAAUUCAACACUUGCAGACCGUCAAGGCCCAUGCGCUGAAAUCGGGCUCAUCCUGGGAGGGCUCGAUCUCUCUUCCUCAAGCAGCAACAGAGUUACUUCUCUGGUGGUGUACUCACCUCCAACAAUGGAAUGGACUAUCGUGGACUGCGACCAACCCACAGGCGGAGAUCUACACGGACGCAUCGGAUUCAGAAUGAGGCAUCGUGAUCAACAAUCGCUCCUACAGCGGCUCUUGGCCACCACAGUAGCGAUCCCACCACAUCAACUACAAAGAAUUGUUG